AUGGCAACCCCGCCAUUUCUGCAUGCCAAAGCAGAUAUCAUCCUUCGAUCGUCCGACGGCGUUGAUUUUCAUGUGAUCACGCUCUUUCUAAAUCUCGCCUCGUCGUCUUUCGACUCCAUCAUCGAGCAAGCAGCACAGUCAAACCAGGUCGAAGGUGAUCUGCCUGUCGUGCCCGUGGAAGAAAACCACAGAGUCCUCGACACCUGGCUCAGAUUCUGCUACCCUUCAACUCUUGCACAGGAUCCUCCUCUGCAUGAGAUUGAAGAUAUCAUACCUGUCCUUGAGGCAGCCAGGAAAUAUUCUUUGAAACCGCUUGAACACAAAGUUCGCCAAGCGCUUAAAAGCCGCAUGGAGAAAGAGCCUUUGACAUGCUUUGCAAUUGCAAUGCGUGCUCAGCUCAACGUGGAAGCCACGCUUGCUGCCGAAUAUACUCUCCGCCAAUCUCUCAUUCCUGCGAGUGUUCCAGAAAUCGACCUCAUCACAGCCAAGGAGUUGCUCGCACUACUCACCUAUCAUCAGAGGUGCGGGAAAUCGGUGCAAUCCUUGGGGGUGGAUCUAUCCUGGAUUACCAGCAGUUACAUGAGCUUGAAUGCGGCAGGAUACCAGUGGAUCAUUCAAAGCGGCUCCUGUAACUGCGAGUCCGGCAGUCGAUUCUUGCUCGAUGGUCAACGACCAUUGAAAUGGUGGAGUGAUUACAUGGAAAAAAGUCUGGUGUCUUUGCGCGAUAAGCCAUCUGGCCAGACGGUCCUUGCGGAGGUCGGUGACACAGUCCGGGGUGUUCGAGCUAUUGGUUGCUCGCAGUGCUGUUCAAAUAUCCUGGUGAAUAUGACGGGAUUCGCCGAGUUUUUUAGCACGAUGGUUGAUAUAUUGACGGCAGAGGUUGAUCUCGACAUGGAUUUGCUUAAACCCUUCGUUCCGGCCCGAGUUCCCUUAUCAACGAAGGCUCGGAAUUUCAUGGGGGCGAGCGGUCUCGACGCUGAGCCCUCCGUUGCGGGCCCGGCGACGUCGGCUACCCCCGGGCCAUCAACGAAGACUGCCACGAAUUCAAAGGGCGAGAAGAAGAAGAAGAAGAAGUAA